UACUUUUUUUCGGCCUUUUUGUCUUAAAGUUUGUUGCAUUUUUGGGGCUUAAGCCCAAUUAAAUACGGGUGAAAAGGUUUUAGCUGUAGGAAUGGGCUUUGGAGCUCAUUUCCCAACUUCUUUACCUUUUCCGGCCUUCCCUCCUUCCUCCGGCGCCGCCUUCUGGUUUUCGGCUCCAGUCCGGUACGCUACUGAACCCAAAAUCGCUGUUAAUUUCUCAAACUCAGCUUAAAAUUUUCAAAUGUUUUAUGUGUUACGGGAGCCGUUUUUGCUUUUUCUGCGGUAUACUAGUUGUUGAUUGCUGAAAUGUGUUUUAAUUAGUGGUUGUUGGAUGACUACUUUAGUGCCCAUAAGAUGUUUGUUAAAAUUCCUAUUAGAACUUGCUAUGCAAUUUUUUGUUAACUUGAACAUGGCGAAAUCGAAAUUUAAUACUCGAGAUUGGUUAUAGUAUUAUGAAUGAUUUUUCAUUCAGUCAGAUAGGAAAGAAGCUGUCUUGGGUUUUCCAAUGUUUUUGGACGUGGGUGUUCAAGUCAAGCUUACUGGUCAUCAGUCUCUUUUGCACAAAAUAUGAUGAGUACUUGCUGUCUGAAAGAAUUUAUUUAUUUUUCCUCUAAUAGAAACUGCCAUGCAAAGAAAUUGUUAGCUUAUAAUUCAAAAAUAUGGUUGAUGUUUCAAUAUAAACAUGAAAAAUCCAGCUAAGAUUGAGUGCCUUAAAGUAGGUUAAGGUGAAGAUGGACUUAUGAAAAUGAAUAUUUAUCAGUUGGUUGAAUGGACAAAAGUAAGUCAUUAAAUGGAUGAAAGGGGAAGGGGGAAAUGAGUGAUAGUUUUUUGAUAAAAUUUUCCAAUAAUUGGUUACCUAUAUGGAAGCACUCUAAUGUGUAUUUCUAGAGAGACUAAUUGAGAUUGCAUGUCUUAAGAAUUAAAUUAUUGUAUACUCUAUCCUUGCACAUUGUUUGAGCUCCUCUUCUACUAAUUUUGUGUGUUUCUUUUACGUUCUCGGGAAAAUAGGUUGUGCAGAGGAAUGUUACGUUUUUUUCCCCUUUUUUCUAAUAUUGUUAUCUCACAAUUCCUAUUGUGGGUGUGUUUAGCUAAUUUAUGGUGUCAUUGAAUUGAACUGGUAGAAUGCCCCUUGGUUAGCCAAGCUUUAGAAGAUGUUAAAAAUUAACAUGGAGGAAGUGAUCCUUGUUGUUGGUUAAUUCUCUUCUUAUGGAAAUAGAUCUUGGUUUGAUCA